GUUUCUUCUUCUUUCGAACCGUCUCAGUUGUCGGUGAGGCCGGCGGGGCGGAUCCCACACAAGAGUGCAAGAGAAAAAUAAAGCAACACAACAAUAAUAACAACUUGGCCUUUUCGUACUUUUCGCUGCCGAGCUCCCCUGUGGAUAUAAAACAGCAAGAUGCCCUCAGCAAUGAAUGCAAACAGGACGGUGCAGUCUGCCAGCCCAGAUGUGGGAUCCGCUCCAGGGUCAAUGGGCAAUCUUGCACUUGGUGGACAGUCUGAAGUUUUGAAGCAAGUUCUUGUUGUUAUUGAAAAGAAGGUGCGCAACAUGGAGAAGAAAAAGAGCAAAUUGGAUGAUUAUGAAGUCAGGAAGAAUAAAGGGGAGGGUCUCAAUCAGGACCAGCUGGAAGCCCUCUCCAAGUACCAGGAAGUCAUGAAUAACUUGGAAUUUGCCCGAGAGUUGCAAAAGACAUUUGUCACAUUGGGACAAGAUAUCCAGAAAGUAGUGAAGAAGUCUGCAAGGAGGGAGCAGCUGCAGCGGGAGGAAGCUGAGCAAAGGAGGCUGAAGACGGUUCUGGAGCUGCAGUUCAUCCUCGAUCGGCUGGGUGAUGAAACUGUGCGGCAGGACUUGAAGCAGGGAGUUGGUGGCUCACCACUGCUGACAGAUGCAGACCUCGCAGCUUUUGAUGAGUUCUACAAGCUAGUGGGGCCAGAACGUGACCAAAACAUCAGGCUCGCUGAUCAGUAUGAAGAUGCAUCUGUUCACCUCUGGGACCUGCUGGAAGGGAAGGAGAAGGCUGUGGUUGGAACAACAUACAAGGCACUGAAAGAGACUUUGGACCAGGUUCUGCUGAGUGGGUACUUUGACCGGAUUCCAUCUCACCAAAAUGGAGUGUGUGAGGAGGAAGAAGAAGAAGAGCCAGCUGCCGCCGCAGCACCUGCAGCAGUAGCUGAAUCGUCAGAAGCAGAAGAGCAGACUGCCGAUCCAGACACUGAAAUAAUUGAGGAAUUCACAGAGCCCAUUGCAGUUGAAACAACAGAGUUUGUAAACAGACAGUUCAUUCCAGACGGCACAUACAGCAGCAGUGAGAAGGAACAGGGAGAUGAGUGGACCCGAGAAACAGAGGCAGUUGCUGCCUUACAACAGCAGCAGCAGCAACCGCAGCAGCAGCCUGUGCAGCCUGCAGCGCCCCCUGUUGCCCUGGAGACCCACCCAAUGAACUUGACGUCUCCUGCGCCUCCUACUGACCCCAUGGCCAGGAAGCAGGUGGUGCAAGACUUAAUGGCGCAGAUGCAGGGAACGUACAACUUCAUGCAGGACUCCAUGUUGGAGUUCGAUGGACAGCCCAUCGACCCAGCCAUUGUAUCGGCGCAGCCCAUGAAACCUGCCCAAAACAUGGAGGUGCCACAGAUGGGGUGUCCUCCAGUUCAUCCUGAGACCCGGCUAUCACAACCCAACUCUGUUCCUGUUCAACCUGAGCCCACACAAGUUCCAAUCGUAUCUCCAACACCACCACCUAUGUAUCAGACCUCACACACACCAGAUCCUCGACCCUCAGCAGAAUCCAUUGACCCCAUCCAGCCCUCCAUGUCCUUGUCGGAGCAGCCUCCACCCUCCACAGUUCUCCCUCAGGCCUCACAGACGCCGGUGUUCCAGCCUGUUUCCAAAGCUCCUCACAGCAGUGGCAUCAAUGUCAACGCAGCACCAUUCCAGUCCAUGCAGACAGUGUUCAACCUUAAUGCCCCAGUCCCACCAGCUAAUGAGGCUGAGGCUUUGAACCAGGCCAGCCAGUAUCAAAACUACAAUAACCAGGCCUUCAGCAGCCAGCCACAGCAUCCAGUGGAGCAGACGGAGAUGCAGCCAGAACAACUGCAAUCGGUAGUUGGUGCCUUCCAUUCCCAGGACCAACCUGGAGGCCAUCAACAGCCUUCCCAGCAGGGUCCAGGCUUUGGCAGGCAGGCUCAGUCCUUCUAUAACAGCAGAGGCAUGUCUCGUGGUGGACCUCGCAACGCCCGGGGCAUGAUCAAUGGAUACAGAGGCUCAUCAAAUGGUUUCCGAGGUGGCUACGAUGGUUAUCGUGCUCCUUUCGCCAACACUCCAAACUCGGGAUAUGGACAAACUCAGUACAGCACACCUCGGGAUUACUCAAAUGGGAAUUAUCAGAGGGACGGUUACCAGCAGAACUACAAACGUGGAGCUGGCCAGGGACCCAGAGGAGUGUCAAGAGGCAGCACUCAAGCAAUGCGAUCCUGAAAAGGCCUUUUCAUAAUGACUGUGACUGAUUAACUUGCACCACACUGAAAAUCCAGAAUUCGAGAAUGCAUUUGCCCCAUCUCACUCAUGCCCAUUGUUUUUGUUUUUUCUUCUUCCCCUCUCGUCCAUCUCUUAAAUCAAAGUAAUGCCUGCUUUGAUAUUUGGAAGUCAUUUAAAGUUUCAAACGCAAGCUAAACUGUAAAUCGAUGAUUUACAUAUGCCCUGUGUCUCAAUCUUCCUGUAAACUUGAACGAUUUCAUAAGUUAUGGGUUUUUUUUUAAUUAUAUUAAUUUUUUUUUUGUAUUUAAAAAUACACCUGCCACUGGUCCAAUCCCUGGGAGGUUUUUUUUUUUUUUUUUUUUUUUUUUUUUUUUUCUUUCCCUGUUCUUUUCUGUAAUUUUGGCUCCAAAAAAAGGCACUUACGUUCAACAAGCUCCCAUUUCCUUGUUUGUAAAUGGAUGUUGCUUCAAGAGUUUCAAUAAAGUUGUGUUGCAUA